AUGGUGGAAGACAUGAAAGGUAAAAUUAGAGUGUUUUGCCGGAUUCGCCCGGUGAACCGAGCCGAAGCUGCGCAGGGCGGGGCAGUUGUUGUGGAAAAAAUAGACGAAUACUCAGUCACUCUAGAAACCCCUCGUGGGCCAAGGGAGUUUCAGUUUGACAAGGUGUUCAGUGCUGAAGCCUCUCAGGAAGACUUGUUUCACGACACCAGCAGGCUGAUCCAGUUGGCUAUCGACGGUUACAAUGUCUGUAUCUUUGCGUAUGGUCAGACGGGCUCUGGGAAAACCUUCACUAUGGUUGGGGACAAGGAACAGAAGAACCCCGGGAUCAUCCCAAGAUCUUUCAAUGCCAUAUUUGAUAUCAUGCAGGAGAACAGCUGUAAAUUCAACUUCAAGGUUUCAGCCUAUAUGCUGGAACUGUACAAUGACAGGCUGCAGGACCUCUUUGCCAGCCAGGCCGGUGAGGCCCAUGCACACACUCAGUCCCGUGGCCAGGCAAGGCGAGUGGAGAUCAAGAGGAACAGAAAGGGGAUUGUGUUCGCCCAAGGAGCAGAAACAAAAGAGGCUUCCAGUGCCCAGGAGCUCUACGCUCUGUUCCAGCAGGCCUGCGCAAACCGACACAUCUCUGCCACCAAGAUGAAUGUGGAGAGUUCCCGCUCCCAUCUGAUUGUCGGCAUCAUGGUGGAGAGCAGGAAUCUGACAAAUGGGAGUGUGAGCGCUGGGAAGCUGAGCCUUGUAGACCUGGCAGGUAGUGAGCGAGCAGCCAAGACUGGUGCCAAGGACCACCAGCUGAAGGAGGCAAACUCCAUCAACAAGUCUCUGAGUGCACUGGGUGACGUGAUCUCAGCUUUAUCUGCUGAACUGCCUCAUGUGCCAUACAGGAAUAGCAAGUUGACACAGGUGAUGCAGGACUCCUUGGGUGGAAAUGCUAAAACCCUCAUGAUCGUCAACAUCUCUCCUUCAGAAUGCAAUCUUGAUGAGACGCUCACAUCUCUCAUCUACGCAACAAGAGUGAAGGCCAUAACCAACAACGCUCAGAGAAAUGUGGAAAGCAAAGAGAUUGCCCAGCUAAAAGAGGUGAUCAUGAAACUGAGAUCCGGGCAGGCCGUUGAAGAGGAAGAUGUUUGA